UACCGCUGCAUCAUAACAACCACUCUUAGCUCUCCACCACUACUCCACCAACUUCUCAGUCCCCCUUGAGUCGUCGAAGUGUCUCACUCUCCACUCACUCACAAUGCCUCCUGCCGCACGGUCUCUCCGCCAUCGGGCCAUCACCGAUGAGAACGCUGAGAAUGUCAACACAGGAUCGACGCGCGUUACGCGUGCCAAAACGGCCGCCCUAGGAACCGACUCGGCGCCUGGCGACGUGCCCAAGAAGGCCCUCCAGUCCAAGAAGUCAGCUGCUGGACUAGCCGCCAAUGGUACUGGCCAGGCUCGGAAGCGUGCUGCUUUGGGAGAGAAGACAAACGUUACCAACGUCGCCAAGGAUGAUCUCGUCAACGGCGACAAGAAUUCGAAGGACGGGAAGGACUUGAAGAAGCCAUUAGCGACCAAGACGGGCCUCGUCUCGAAGGCAGCUCAUCCCACCAAGAUUCAGAAAGUUUCCAGGACUAACUCGACGCGUUCUGUUCUCGGACCUAAGGAGAAGACUACCGCGUCGUCUGAUCUCAAGCGGCCCGCCAGUGGGUCCGGCGUCAUGGGCAAUCCAGUGAAGAAGAGGAACACGUCGGCAUCGAGUGCGACGUCGGUCAAGGAGCAGGACCCAGAGGACGCAGAAAACGUCCAGCCCCAUCCCAACGUGAAGACGACUAUUACCGUGGAGGUUGAGAGGGAAUUCGUUACAAAGGCCGGCUCUACCAAGCACGAGCGCGCCAAGGUCCAAGAGGAGGUCGAGGUGUUCGAAGAGGAGGAAAUGAAGGACGAACCCCAGGACCUCGACAAAGAAGACAUGGACGACCCACUAAUGGUUUCCGAGUACGUCGUUGAGAUCUUCGAGUACUUGAAAGAGUUGGAGAUCUCUACACUGCCCAACCCGGACUACAUGGACAGCCAAAAUGAGCUUGAGUGGAAGAUGCGUGGUAUACUCGUCGACUGGUUGCUGGAGGUGCACACUCGGUUCCGCCUACUUCCCGAAACCUUGUUCUUGGCCGUCAACAUUAUCGAUCGAUUCCUGUCCUGCAAAGUGGUCCAGCUCGACCGUCUACAGCUUGUUGGUGUCACCGCCAUGUUCAUCGCCUCAAAGUACGAGGAGGUGCUGUCGCCUCACGUUCAGAACUUCCGCCACGUCGCCGAUGAUGGCUUCACCGAGGAUGAGAUCCUCAAUGCCGAGCGUUUCCUUCUUGCCGCGCUGAACUAUGACUUGAGCUACCCGAACCCGAUGAACUUCCUGCGGAGGAUAUCUAAGGCGGACAACUACGACAUGCAGACGCGUACUCUUGGAAAGUACCUUUUGGAGAUCGGCUGCUUGGACCAUCGAUUCAUUGGACACCCCCCUAGCCAGGUUGCUGCCGCCGCGAUGUAUCUUGCUCGCCUGGUUCUUGAGCGUGGUGAAUGGGACGCUACACUCGCACAUUACGCUGGUUAUACUGAGGAAGAAAUACAACCUGUCCUCCAGCUCAUGAUCGAUUAUCUUUCUGGUCCUGUCAUACAUGAGGCGUUCUUCAAGAAGUACGCUAGCAAAAAGUUCUUAAAGGCAUCUAUUGUCCUUCGUCGGUGGGCCAAGGAGUACGUUGCUAGCUUCGGCAACGCGUUGGCUCCCGCCAACAGUGCGAAGCCGCGCACAAUCGACACCGUCAAAAGCGCUCGACAAUAGCGUGGUCGCGCUUCGAUGACUACAUCUCAUUUCUCAAGCAAUCAUGAUACUCAAUGACGACUAUUCACACGCGUCUUG